AUGCACUGGCAACCAACAACCCUCCUCGCCGCAGCCCUCCUAGCGGCAUCCGGCGUCCAAGCCGGCAUCGGCUCCCUCAUAGCCGAAGGCAUAUCACGCGGCUCGCCCUCCUACCACAAGCGCAUGGAAGAGAUCAUGGGUUCCUAUCUCCUCCGGCGUGGUUUCCUCGAAGAACGACAAGACGCCUCCGCCUCCUCCGUGGGCCAAGACCCCAUCUUCACCGCCGACGGCACCCUCAACAUGACGGCGUGGAACGCGCAGGUCAACGCCGCCUGCAUUUCCAGUCUUCGACAACUGACCGUCGCGAGUAACCCGAGCGGCACCUGCGUGUGCUAUAACCUGCCGGCGCUGGAUAAUUCCACGGGAGUGUUCGAGGCGGAUCUGCGAUUAUUCAGGAUCAGCGAUGCGAGGGAUGCGUUUGCGGGGAUUGCGCCGGAGCAGGUUAGUGUUGGUGUCAGGUUCGUGGGGGCGAAUGUGAAGACUACGGAUGGGAGCGAGCCUGUUGUUGCUGCUGCGGUUGGGAGUGGAAGUGGAGGUAGUUCGUCGGCGAAGGCGUCACAGAACGCAUCUUCCAGCCAAGCUGAGACUGCUUCUUCGCCUUCUUCCGUAUCUGCCGCGAGUGUGCCAGUGGGAAGAGUAGGAGGAAGCGGCGACGGAGAGGCGGCCAACGCGCUGGCUGCUAGACAAGAUGCGGGGGAUUUGCUGCCGACGAAUGGUGAUCCAACUCUGCUACAGCAGUAUUUGUUUGUGGGGCAGAUUGAUAAGGAGAAGAUGAGUGGUGAGAUGACUAUGGCCCAACUCCAAUCCCUCCUCCUCCCCGUCGUCACCCUCUCCGCCACCACCCCUUCCGGAGGACAAGUCUCAACCAACAUCUCCUCCAACGAAGCGGCCUUUGUCGCCGGCGUCUUUUCCACGGAAGUCGUCUUGUCCGAUUUUAACAGGGCCCAGCUGGCUGUCGAAGACGAAAUUGCUCGUCUAAAGGAUGGGACUACGGCGUUUGUCCUACCGGGGGUGCAGAUCCUGAUUUUCCCCAUAGGGCUCAUCAUUACUAGUGUUUGGCUGGCGGUCUUCAUUGCUGCAUAUGGGUAUGGGACUUUUUGUAGGUAUCAGUUUGCUGUGCAGUAUCGGGAGAGGAGGGCGGUUGUGGAGAGGGGGGGGUUGGCGAGGAUUUGA